AUGAUUCCAUAUGUGAACCAGCUGGCGAUGCCCUGGCAGAUUCAAGCACUACUGAAUUUUCCGCUAGUUUCUGGUUUGUGCGCACGAUUAUGUCAGUUAGGUGUGGUGCUCCUCGACACCCACGAUUCUUCAAUGUUGCGAUCACAAACAUUCAGUGCUGAUGAAGUGGCGGUGGAGAAAGAUUGCAGCAUCAGAGAGCAAGCAAGAGGAAAUUCUCCGACUCAGAAAACAGGGAUUAUGCAGUGUUGCACCAGAAUCACGUCAAUUGCCCAUCGUCUGCGCCAACUCUGUGACCAGUUUGAAUCGGAAUUCGAAGGCAGAGGACAGUUUUGA